GAGCGAGAGCGAUAAAGAUGUAUCGAAUAGAAUAGAUAGAGGGAGCGGGCGCGCGGGUGUGAGUGUGACGACGGUGUACGCAAUCCCCCACACGCAGAAAAUGAGGCAGUAAACGAAGCCCUGGUGAACGUGAGAACAGGAACAACGAUAUAUUGUGCGGUAGUGCGGGUGACAAGACUAGAGAAAAAUAAGAAAAAUUGAUAAAUAAAUAAUAAAAUAAUAAUGGCGUCGGCGGGUCGCAGGGGCGCGGAAGGGGGUUGUGGUGUUUGAGGCGCAACGGCGGCAAAGGGGCGGUGAGGAAGGGAGGGGGGGGCGAAAGAGCACAUGUAAUAAUUCGUAGAGGUGUCGGGAAAAAAAUGAAUGGUCAACUCGGUAACGGAACAGGAUACGCACGAGUUUACUUCCGGAGUGGUUGUCACCUUGCACUGCGUGCGUGGUUCAUUUUUUGCUAACGGCCCGGUCAACCAUCCUCCGCUCUAUAUUUGGCCAGUGUUCGCAUCAACGAACCAUAUUGCAUAUCUCGCGAGCACAAUACGAUUGAUACGACAUUUGCCGACCGUUCGGACUCUCGGAUCGCCACCACCGCUGCUGCCACCGCUGCCGCCGCCUUCUCGUAACCAACAAUCGCACGAAGGAAGAGAGAAAAAAAAAUAGCGAUUAACGCCCGUUUAUACGGCGUGAUAAAUCCGACUUUUCUUUUUUUUCCCUUCUGCUCUCGUUUCUUACGCCCCGCGCCGCACGAGUCCCGAAAGAGAAAGAGAGAAAGAGAAAGAGAGAGAGAGAGGGAGAGAGAGCCAGCCCCCGUAUCGUAUUUUAGCAUGUGCCAAUCCCUCCUCCCCCGCCUUCGUCUUGAAUCGCGACUUCAACGUUAAGACGUUUUUCUCUCUUCUCUCAACUCGAUUCGCAUUUUUAUUGUUUUAUCUCAUCGCAUCAUUAGUGGCGCGUACCUACCAGAUGGUCCCGCGUUCUUGGUAAAAAAAAUGAUUUUACUUUACCCUGGUGCACUCGCCAAGACGUUAUUUCGAAUAGAUGAUGAUCUAAUCGCGAGCUUCCUUCGAGACAACAGACAGCCGUAUUUGUUGGAUCGUCUGGUCAAAAUUUGUCAUGCUUCUUGACUCUUCGCUCGUGCCUACGAGUCGAGCAGUGGCUUUUCUCGUUUUUUCCUCUCGACAACCGCCGUUUGAUUAUGAUGCAACCUGCUUAUGUUAGAGAAUGCGCGCAAGGGUACGUGUACAUGAAUGGGGACAUUGGGAACCUCCCACAAGGGGUGGUUUACCCAGCCAACCCUGAAGGAACCUUGGGUCAGGUCGGAGGCGCGGUCGUUGGGGGAAGCGCCUCCGGUUUAGACUACGGAGUCAUGAACGGCGCUCCUAGUGGUAACGAAAUAAUGCUGGACACAGCGAUGGGAGCCCUUGAAACAAAUACCCAGCAGCAGCAGCAGCAGCAGCAAUCCCCGCAUCAGCAUCAGCACCAGCAGCAUUCCAUGGGAAUAGGAGGUGCUCUCCCGGUCGGCUAUGCACCAGUCGACAUAACCGGCAUCAAUGAGAUUCAGCUCCAACAAAACUCCAUGGGUGACCUCUCGUUGUCGGGUAUACCCUUGGAACAGCUCAAACAGAUGCUCUCUUCUCAACUCGAGUAUUACUUUUCCAGAGAAAACUUGGCCAAUGAUACAUAUUUAUUAUCACAAAUGGAUAACGACCAAUAUGUACCAAUUUGGACAGUAGCAAACUUUAAUCAAGUUAAAAAAUUGACCAAGGACAUAAAAUUAAUAACGGAGGUGCUGCGCGAAUCGCCCAACGUACAGGUUGACGAAGAGGGCCAAAAAGUCAGACCGAAUCACAAACGAUGUAUAGUUAUAUUACGGGAAAUUCCAGAUAGUACGCCGAUCGAGGACGUCAAGAACUUAUUCUCGGGUGAAGGAUGUCCGAGACUUAUAUCCUGCGAAUUUGCCCACAACAGCUCUUGGUAUGUAACCUUUGAAUCGGACGAAGACGCUCAGAAGGCCUACAGGUUUCUACGGGAAGAAGUUAGAGAAUUUCAGGGAAAACCAAUAAUGGCGCGCAUCAAAGCUAAACCAAUGAACAGGCUACCGAUACCGCCCACCCCCGUACCAGGGGUCGGAGGUAUAAAAAAUGGCUACCGGACUACGCCGCCUCCGCCUGUUUACGAUCCGAGCGGUGGUUAUCCACCGAGUCAGCAACGCUUCCUCUACACGAACGGUACCACGAUGCCGCAAACUACAAUGCCGCCAUAUGCCAAUCAAGUUCAUCUAUACCAUCAACCGUUUUAUCCAGCGGGAAUAAUGCCGUGGCCGCCGGCGAGUCCCGCCUAUUUCGACAUGGCUGGUGUCUUUACGAUGAACGGUAUAACGCCGCACAACAAUUUCAAACCACACAACAGAGGGUUCCAGCCGAGAAACAGAAAUAAACACAGGAACGGGCCCGAAAGAGGUGGUGGUUCUAUCGACAGCGGUGGGGGUGGAGGCGGCGGUGGUAUGGUACAAAUGGGUGGUGGUCGUAUAGGUCACACACCAAAAAACAGUGGUGGAGGAGGGCCGUUGCUCGGUUCUGGCGUAUUGCCACCAGCGGUAGCCGCAACAGCGGUAGCUACGGCGGCGACAUCGACAGCAGCAGCACCACCUCCACCACCGCCAGCUCCGCCGCUCCAGCCACCUUCACAAUUAAGCCAGGGUUUACCAACGGCCAAGUCUACUUCUUCCUAUCAGACCGGCACAAAGUUCCAUUCCUCCCACGUGGUUCCGGUAGCAAGUGAAACUCAAUUUGUAACGAGUCACAACGUAACUAAAGGUUCGGCAAAGGAGACAAACGAUGCUCAAACCCUCGAAACAACGGUGCAGCAUUCGCAUUCUCAUCCGCAUCCGCAUGCCCAGCAGCAACAGCAGCAGCAGCAGCCGCAGUCGUUGCCGUCGUUGUCGCACCAGCAUCAGCAGCAACAUCAUCCGCAACAUCACCAACAAUUGCAACAGCAACAGCAGCAAUUCCCUCGCCACCGUAUACAUCGCCGGACCAAAGAUCAAGAACCAACGGGAAAAGGAAACAACGGUAGUAACACGUUGCCAUCGAUGAGAGAAUCAUCGGCCCCGGCCAGUAAUACCCACUACAAUCGAAGCGUGGCUCAAUUCGAUUUGGAGGCAUCGGCAUUUCCUCCGCUUCCUGGCCUAGACGGCGAUGCACCAAAGUCGCAAAAUCCUAAUGUUGAAACGAUCAAUGUCGAUAGCCCGCAAUCGCAAAAUAGGCUCUCGGACGUGGUUAAAGGUACGGCCAAAUUGAAAGGCUCCGUUGCCAAAGACAAGGAGCCUCAUCAAGCGCAGUCACAGCAGCAGCAGCAGCAGCAGCAGCAGCAUCACCACCACCACCACCAUCAUCAACAGCAACAACAUCAGCAGCACCAAGGAAUCGUUGGUUCAACCUCCGGACACGUUACAUCGCAGCAGCAACAGCAGCCGCAGCAGCAAACUAGCAACACCAGCAGAUCCACGAGUCCAGGAACGAACGCAGCGGUAUGCAACACCGCUAGCGUUAUCGGACAUGCCACGGAGCAGCCGCCCACCUCCAGUUUCGGUCCAACAAUUGCAAUCGCUACUUCCGUCGUAGCUAGUAAUACGAGCGUCGAUACCUCUGUUUUUACUCCGAGCACCAAUAAUCCAGCUGCCGGCAGCAACAACAACAAUAACAGCAACAUCACCAACAACAACAACAAUAAUACAGACUCUACAGACAUCGCUCUCAGCACCAUCACCCUCACUCCCCCAUCAUCUCCCGAUAAAUCCGUUAAAACCGGCGAUGAUUCGAGCAUGGCGAACGGUGUGGAAGAGACGACGGCGACGACAACAACGAUAGCGACGAAGGCGACGACGACGGCAACGGCAACGACGGCCACCAAGACGCUCGAAGCAGCGGGUAUCGAACCGAUAACGAGGUGCGAUUGUGAUGUUCCGGCUGCUCCACAACAGAUACCUCACUCGCACGCUGCCGUAUUAGCGAAUGCUGCCACCGCGACCGCACCGGCCCUUCCGUUAGACCUUAGCAGGCCAAGUUACGCCCAAGUAGCUCAGCACAGCCGCGAGGUGCACUGUACAAAACACAAAACAACCGAGGACAAGGAUGGAAAUGAUUAGGAGGAUCGAUGUCCGCGCGUGUAUAUUAUUCCCCAUUCGAUCACGAUGUCUGAGGGUUUUUCCGUUUGGUUCCUACCUCACCGGGGGACCCGAGUUUGCCGAUGGAUCGGGAUCGUCCGUAACGUUAAGCCGGUUGGCUGGCUCGUGCUCCUCCCGAGCAAUCGUCGGUUGCCCCACGGACGAGCGGAUCAACCGCCUACGAGAGAGAGAGAGAGAGAGAGGGAGCAAAACGAUAAAAAUCAUUCGAGUCUUUACGUUGUACAGUGGUGAGCUCGCCUACGACGAAUGUGUUAUCCCCGAUUAUUAUCGAGAACCAAUGGAUUGUAAAACAGUUUAUCCGGUUAGAGACGAGUUAAUUGCCCUACGAUCGAUUCAGCGGAAUAUCAACUGCGCGCCAUCGUUGCGUAGCAGAUGAAAAAAAAGAAACAACAACAAAAAAAAACGAGAAAGAGUAUCAUUAUCGCUUUGGUUCUGUGAUUUUCGAGGUACAUGUUUGUUAGUCUGUAAAAAAAUGUUUUAAAUAAGGUGUUGAUAAUUCACUUCCGAUCGUCCUUCUCCCUCCCUGCCUCCCUCGCCCCCUCCCCUCCCCUCCCCUCCCCAACCCCCGGCCUUACCGCCGCCUCUUUCCCACGGUAUCCGCGACACGCGAAAACACCGUGUUUUUCCUCCACUCGUUGCGCAGGACCGUAAUCGGGAAUGAAAAUGUUCAGCUCAGUGCCAAAUUGUUGAAACAUAACGAACGAACCCAGCAGCACUUGGUCAAUGUUCCGACGCGACGAAAUAGUGCGUGAUUCAUUCGAAUUCAACCGAACACACGAAAAUUUAGAUUUGUUUUGUGUUUUUUUUUGUCUCUCUUUUUUUUCUUUUUUUUUUUCAAUUAAUUAAUUAAUGAUUAUUUUUACGCGAAUGUGCCAGAAGUUCAAUACGACGCGAGAGAGAGAAAGGUUGAGAGCAGAGCAAAAGUAAUGAAAUGAAAAAAGUUUGUAGCAGGUGUGCGAGACAAUUUUGAAAAAUCAUUGACGCGACGACGAGCCGAUAGAUCUAAUUACGGCAACUGAUCUUACCCGUUCUCCUGUUCCACGAACCCGAGCCCACCCCUCCACCCAGCCUCGAUUAUCCUCUUUUUUUAUACUAUUGUUACGAGAGAUGCGAGGGACGAUUUAGAUUUAUGCUACGGCCGAUAAAGCGAGAGACGAUCGAGUCGCUCGCGUCGGCGGAAUAAAAAAGGAUAAAAGAAUAAAAAAAAAAAUAAAAUAAAAAAAAACGAAAAAUGGUAUUUGAGCACACAAUCAAGUGCCUCAAGUGUUAUGUAUAUUACAGGAGCUUGGCUUUAGAUGUUAUACGAUUACAUGUAUCUAUACAUUAUAGUAAAGAGCGCAUAUGAUAUAUUUGUUACUGAUAUGCGUGCAGAAUUGAGGUAAUGGAUGCUGAACAAACAAAAAAAAACUACAAAAAAGUAAAAAAAAAAAAUAAUAAGAAAACGACGAAAAAAAGAAAAGAGAGGGAAGAUAAACAAACCAAUCUCCUGAAUUAUAAAUGAUUAUCGAAGUAUGUAAUGGUAUUUUAAGUUAGCGAUGCUGCCUCGUCAUUUAUUUGUUUUUUUUUUUUUUUUCAUUUUUUUUUCUCGUACGUAUAUUAUACAAUAUCGUUGCGAAUGUACAAACAAUGACAACGACGACGAUGACGGAGACGACGGCGACGAGACGACGACGAUGACGUUUACAACGACAACGUUCGAGAUUGGAGGUUUAAGGUUCGGUACAGCGCGUGUGGCUCAUCCUCGUUUAAGAGCACACAAAAAACUAAAAUGAUGCAACACGCGCAUGCGCGUUACCGCCUGCCCGCUAGCCCGGUUCUUCACAUUUAAUAUAAUGAUGUAGUGCUACUGGAUUGGUAAGUGCUGCCGGCCAUGUGUAAAGCUCUUCCUCCAAGCAGAUAGCUCUCCCGCGCGCUAUUCAGUUUGUUGUUUAUCCUUCUUUCGCAUCCGUUGGAAAUGUGCACGCGCGCUCGAUGUACCCUUGAGACAAAGGGCCGAAAAUAAAGUCUAUUUUCUUUCGCGAUUGCAUCGAAAAAAUGUCAAGCACUGCGUCGGCUUUCUCUCCUUCGAUUAAUCAAUUGACAAUGAGAAAUGUUUUUGGUUUUUAUUUUUAUUUUUUUUCUUUUAAUUCAACCGUUCGGAAAAAUCCAAGGUGACGAAUUAGUUUUUAUCCAUUGAUUUAGACUUUCAGAAGGCUCGCAAAGAAUUGAGAACAAAAAAUGUUUAACGAAUAUAUAAUAAGGAACAAGCCUCGACGAACAAAAAUACAAUGUAACGUUUCUAUUCACGGCGGCGGGGGCGGUUUCGCGAACGGGCCGGUGGCCUAGAAAGUCUGAUUUUUUAACUAAUAUACAGAAUCGUGCGUAUACGCGAUGUGGUGUACUACAAUCUGUUUAUAAUCAUAAUAAUUAUUAUUAUUAUCAUCAUUACUAUUAUUAGAACCACUAUUACGAUGUAAAGCGACAGAUUUCAAAAUUAAAUACUAAUUACUGUUGAUUGGUUUAACGAUUAUUCCGACGACGAGAGAUAUGCUAUGACAUGCUAUAUAAAGAACGAACAGGCGGACGGUCACCGAACGAAACGGAUGCACGCAACGCCGCGUGUACCCCCGUGCGCGGAGAUCACCGCGUCCAUCAUUUUUUCUCCAGUCUUAAUCGCGUAUUUGAAUCUACCGUGCACCGUGUGUGUGCACGCAUCGUCGUAAAUAUAUGGAUGUUUCUAGAGGGGCUUUGCGUUCGUAUAGGAACGGAAAAAUGAGAGCGAGAGAGGGAGAAGCUCAACUAGUUGACCGAAUGAUCGAUCAGUCCGAGAAAUCAUUCGAAUUAUGGAUAUUACGAACCAGCGAGUUUUCGAUCGUCUUGCCGUUAAAUUUACUUGCCCGCUAUUGCGCAAUCCCGCACGCGUGCCCAGUCUCUCUGCUCUCGCUCUCGCUAACCUCUCUUACCUCUCAUUAUUUACCUCGCCGUCCGCUGGCUCUCCGAUCGAGCCGAGCCGAGCCGAGGGUUUCUCAUAGGAAUAACAGCGCGAAAAGGGAGAGCUGUGCAGGAAUAAGAAACGGAAAAGUUCGACUUUUGCGAAGCGUUGGAAAAUGAAUUUUUUGGAAAUAGUCGAGGUGCUUCGUCGACCGAGACGAGUUUAGACAUAAAAACAUUUCGUUGGUCUUUAUGAUUUUUUUUAACUACAGCGAUACACCGGUAGGAAAAAAAAAAGAAGCAGGACAGCAAAUAAAUAUAUACAAUAUACGAAUUCAUUUGUUUUACGACGCGGCUUUUCAGAACACGAUUGACGCUCCUUUGCCCAUAAUGAUGAUAAUUAUGAUUAUUGUUAUUGUAAUGAAGAUUUUUGUGUAACACUGAUGAUUUAUAUUUCGCGGGUACAAUAACAAUAUUUGAAGGUGAAACACUCGGAAAAUGAAUCGACAUCGUUACUGCGGUUCUGAAAACAAAAAAAUAUUAUAAUACACGAUCCGUUUGUUGAUCAACACAGAACGGCCGAACUACUCCCAUCCAACGCGUUCAGUGCCUUUUCUAUACUUGUGGCUGACACAUACACAUACAAACAUAUAUAUACACACUGAUACACGGAACACUCUGAAUAAUAACUCGCCCGCCCUGCUCCUGCGAACAAAUCAUUAUAUAUAUCGAGCUUACAUUUAUUCUGAAUAAAAUGAAAAUUCCAAGGAUGAAAAGAUGAUGUACAAGUUCGACGACGGCGACGACGAUAUAUGAAGAUGACCGUAUGACAAAAUAAUCAACAGGUAUAUACUCUAGUGAUAGCAGAGCGAAAAAAAAAAUAGAGAAUGAAGACGAGAGCGACGACUGUAAAAAAUGUUAAAUCAACGCGUUUAUCACCGCUAUAUAUUAUAUGACUGCCGGAAAAUUUGAAAAAAAAAAGACGAAUCGAGAGAAGCAAACGCAGCCAUAUGCGCUCCAACAACCCUCGCAUACGUAUUUUUAUAUAUUUUCUUUCACCGUUGCGAUUGACUGCUUAUAAACGAGGAGAAAAAAAAAAGUAAAAGCAGACACAGAAAUACAAACAUGUACUGUACCUAAAAUCGCGAAAUGGUGGAUGCGAAUGUUAUGCGAUUGAGUUACUACGCGAUAUGUCCUCUAAACAAACAAAUAAUAAUCAUGAUAAUAAUAAUAAUUAAAUAAUGAAAAAUUAAAUGAAAGAUGGAAAAAGAUGUAAGAAAUGGAAGCAAAGGGAAUAUCCAAAAAGAAUAAUAAUUCGUAAAAAGAAGAUGGCGAUUAUGGAUGGAAACGCGAGAUGACUGAAUGAAAUAAAUGUGUACUACUUAUAAUAAAUAAAAAAAUAUAAAUGAUCGAUCA